AUGGGACUGUGUGCAACCAUGACUACAGGAUUAUUGUUUCGUCGCCGCCAAUUAGUUUCACAGAUUUUCACUCGGUUCAAUUAUAGUAAUUCAUUUGGCUCUACAAGUUCGAAGAAAAGAGCUCCUGGACAUACGCUCCAACCUUUUGUAUGCAGUAAACGAGUUGUUGUGAAAGCAGGUAAUGGCGGCAAUGGUUGUAUUGCGUUCCGACGUGCCUUUUGUAAUCCACACAGUGGUCCUAGUGGUGGAGACGGUGGAAACGGUGCUCAUGUAAUUUUCAAAGCUGAUAAAAAUAUAUCUGAUUUAUCAAAUAUACCCACAGUUGUACAAGGUGAUAAUGGUGUGAACGGUUCAAUUGAUGAUUGUCAUGGGGGAAAUGCUGAUCAUUUAUAUCUACAGGUUCCGAUAGGUACACAAAUUUUUUCUGUUCAUAAAAAUUCUGUUGAAAGUCCAAAUCAAAUAUCAAAUGAUGAUGAUGAUAAUAAUAAUAAUCAAUCUAUUAACCUAGUUAAAACGUUAAACGCAGAUGGUGAUAUAUUUCUAGCUGCACGUGGUGGUGCUGGUGGUAAAGGCAAUACAUUUAUGACACAUGCAACAUUAGCGACAGAUUCAUUAAAGUUACCUAGUCGUAAAAAUGCUCCAUUACGUAUUGCUGAAUAUGGUGGUAAAGGUCAGUUGUGUGAAUUCAUUCUACGAAUGUCAAAACUAGCAGAUUUAGGCUUUGUAGGGUGUCCUAAUGCAGGAAAAUCUACAUUAUUAAGAAGUUUAACAAGAGCUAGACCUAAAGUUGCACCAUAUCCAUUUACUACCCUACAACCACAUAUUGGAAUGUUACAUUUUCCAGAAAAUUAUAAUCUCACUUUAACUGAUUCAGUAGAUGAUAAUGAUAAUCUCGAUAUAUCAAAUCGAACUCAUUCUAUAGCUAUUGCUGAUCUUCCAGGUCUUAUUCAUGGUGCUGCUGAAUAUAAUAAAGGUUUAGGAAUCGAAUUUUUAAGUCUUGUCGCUGAUUGUUCCAUACUAGUUUAUGUCAUUGAUUAUGGAACAUUAUGGUGUGAUCAUAGUGUAAAUCAGUUGGAUGAAAUAGAAACUGAACUAAUUGAUCAAUUAUCUAUGCUUUAUUAUGAAGUGACCACUUAUGAUAGAAAUCUUUGCAAUCACGAUAAGUGUUUUAUAUUAGGCAGUAAAUUAGAUUUAAUUUUUCCAAAUAAAAUAGAUUCGAGUGAAUCGAAUGUUGAUAAUACAGAUGGAAAUGCCAUACUUUUUAGAAAAUUACACCAUAUAUUGCAUAAAGCUGCUUGUUCGGUUUCUAUGAUUAAGGAUACACCGGAAAGUAUAGACCAAGUAAUGCUCGUUUCAGCCAAACGGGGUGAUAAUAUUCUUCACUUGGCGUAUAAACUUUGGAAUUGUGUACAGAAUAUGAAAGAUAAAAAGAACUAAUUUACUUCUCUGUAUAGUUGUAUAUUCUUACAAACAUAUUUUUUGUAUGAAACGAUGCUUAUUCGAUCUUUCCUACGCAAAUACUAG